AUGUUCAAGAAAAUAGCUGUUGGGAUCUCAGGAGGUGUGGACAGUGCUGUUGCAGCUUUACUGUUGAAGCAAAGAGGAUACGAGGUGCAUGGGGUAUUCAUGCAAAAUUGGGACAUUAUGGACGAAAAAGGGACUUGUACUCUACAAGCAGAUUAUAACGAUGCCUUAUAUGUUGCAAGAAAAUUAGACAUAAAGCUACACCACGUGAAUUUUGUAAAGCAUUACUGGAACGAAGUGUUUUGUGCUUUAGUCAAAGAGUAUGAGUCUGGUUUUACACCAAACCCUGAUGUGCUGUGCAAUCGUAACAUUAAAUUCAACUACUUUCUCGAAUAUGCCAAAACAAAACUGCAAGCCGACGCAAUAGCGACUGGACAUUAUGCCAGAAACACUUUUGGAUUAUUUUUAGAAAAUUAUGAUCCAGAAAAAAAUGCAAAAUUACUCCUGGCCAAGGAUGCAGUGAAAGAUCAAACAUUUUUCCUAUGUCAAAUUCCUCAAAAUGCUUUGAAGCAGUGUAUGUUUCCAUUAGGUGACUUGACAAAAAAUAUGGUGAAAAAAAUUGCUAAUGCAAAUGGCUUAGAAAAAAUUAGCCGAAAACCUGAAAGCAUGGGGAUAUGCUUUAUAGGGUCCAGAAAUUUUCAAGAAUUUAUUCAAGACUAUAUUAAAGAUGAACCAGGUGAUUUUGUAGAUAUAGAUACUGGACAAGUUAUGGGAAAACACAAGGGAAUUCACCAAUGGACUUUAGGCCAAAGAGCUAGAUUAGGGGGGCUACCAGUAGCUUAUUUUAUAGCUAGAAAAGAUGUAGAGAAAAAUAUUAUAUAUAUUGCAAGUGGUACCAAACAUCCAAUACUUUAUACAAACUUAUUUUUCACAUCAGAACCAUAUUGGAUUUACUCCAAACCUAAAGAUCUAGAAGAAAAUUAUAUUCUAGAUUGUCAGUUCAAAUUUCAACAUACACAGCAUUGGGUACCUUGCAAAAUAUGUCAGUCAACAAGUGGGUUGACUGUGAAAUUGAAUACUUACAAAAGGGCUGUAACUGCUGGACAGUAUGCUGUUUUUGCUAAGGAUGGUGAAUGUUUGGGUAGUGCUAAAAUUGUAAACUCAGGUGUAACUAAUUUUCAUACUUCUAUAUGCAUAAUUUGGAAUGUAUAG